AUGACAUGUGUGAACUAUUGGAAUCACAAUGAAUCGCACAACAGCCUACCACAGGCCAACAGAUUAGUGGAGAGAUUUCACCGCCGCCUGAAGGAAUCCCUGACAACCAGACUUAAUGGGCCAAAUUGGAUUGACCAACUCCCAUGGGUGAUGCUGAGAAUCCGCACCACCCCAAAUGAAAAUCUCAACACUUCCUCCGCGGAAAUGGUGUACGGUGCCCCUCUUACAGUGCCAGGAGAGUUCCUUCCGAAUACAAAGUCAGACCUUGAUGUCAAAAGGUAUCUCGCUCGACUGAGAGACAGUGUGGGCCAGUUGCACCUUGUUCCCGUGUCGACACACGGUACACCCAGAUCAUCCAUACCAAAUGACCUCCACACGGCUAACUUUGUGUUCAUUCAACGAAAACCCUUCCAGUCACCCUACGAUGGUCCAUAUCAAGUCAUACAUCCAGGGGAUAAAACAUUCCAACUCUUAAUUGGCGGACGUCAAGAUACAGUCUCCAUCGAUAGAUUGAAACUGGUCCAUCUCGAUAUUGACAGCCUCGUUUAG